AUGAUCAUUGCAAUCCUGCUGUCAGCUGUUUUUUCAUUCCUGACGUUAGCCUUGACCAGCUUCUGCAUUGGUUCCUACUAUCUGAGGAGGUACCACAAGAGGAAGAAGAAGUGUGAUGACGUCACCGUCCACGAUAUCAGCAACGUCAGCAACGGCACGAACAUUAUUGGAGCCACGAUGUCGACCACCACGCAGACGGGCACCCCAUCAUCAACACCCACCACCACUCCAAACAAAACGAGGAAGCACCCGGACAGCCUGGAUGGUGUGUCCAGCUUCAAAGGGGUGGACAGCAUGACCAGGAAGUCGGCUGAUAAGCAAAUUAGCAGGCCACUGCUGCAGAGUUCGACGAACAGCGAUCUUAACAUUUCCACUCUCCCUCCUCCCCCCGCUGACCUUCUACAAGACUUCAGCCUGCAUGACGUCAUUCACGAUCUGGAUGACGUCAUGCUGCAUCUCAACAGCGUCACUUUCAACGCACGACACGACGUGAAGAUGUCUCCAUCAUCACCAUCCUCCUCCCCCUCCUCCUCAACCCUGCCCUCCACGUCGAGACUGAACAAACACAAGCAGCUGAAGACGGAUGAAAUUAUAUACGCCAACCAGAUCGUUCACAAGGAUUCCUUUGAUAUCAACACUGUCAACCUGACUGGAGUGAAGAACUUGAUACUUGCCAGCAGCUGCAAACAUGCGCCUAUUCAUCUUUCUGAUAACAACCAAAACAACAACAACAACAACCAAGACAACAAAAACAACACCAUCAAACAUAACAACAAAAACUUCAACGAUUUAAACUCUAAUAUUUGCUUUGAUAACAACCUGAAAAGCGUCAACAUUAACAAAGAUACGAGCGGUUACAACACGAACAACAACAACAACAUGAACAACCGCAACAACAACAUCAACGGCAGUGACAACAUCAACAAAUGUGAUGAUGGAAUCAAGGAAACAUUGAUGGUUGGAUUUCAGGAAUCGCGUUACAAAACAAACAAUAUGGAUGUCGUCACUGGGUCGAGGCAUGGCGAUAACUACGUGCAAGAUGGCCAUGAUGUGGCCAGUGAAUGUUUGGCCGCCGAGAAACUGUUGAAUAAUUCUUCCAAGGCCAAAUACGAAAACGUGGAUGAACUUUAUGGAAUAAUAAAUAAAAAUAACCCCAUCCCUAAUGGGAAUAGCAGCUUCAACAACAACAUAAACAACGAAAAUGAUAAAGUCGAAAAUAAAAUACAAAACAUGAUCAGCAACAUGAACAAACAUUACAAUGACACUAACACACGUAAAACAGCAACAACACCAACAAAUCCAGCAACAGCAACAACAACAACAAAUCCAACAACCUCAGCAAUCACAUAUCCACCUCUGAUAAGAAAAGUGAAAAACAUAAACGUUGGUGAAUUGUUAUCAACAGCAACAACAGGCAACAGUGCGGAAUUACAAAAUGUGAAGAAUGCCGAUGUAACACAUGAUGAAACUGGCCCAAAGUUCAACAACAGUUUCAAAAUAAACUGUAACAACAACCUCAACAGCAAUAAUAAUAAUAAUAAUAAUAAUAAUAAUAAUAAUAACAAUAAUAAUAAUAAUUUUGAAGAAAUAACAAAUGUAAAUAAAAAUAACAACAAAUUAAAGAACAAGGGCAAUAAAAAUAGUGUGGAAAUUUAUCAAAACAGUGACACGCAGCAACAGUUGCCGCAACCGAUCGAUAAUUUAUCUAAUUGUCUACAACAGCAAUCGCAACAACAACCGCAACAACUAAAUUUAUCACUAAAACAACACAAAGUAACAGAACAUCAACAACAACGAAAAUAUCCACAACAACAACAGCAACAAUUGGUUAGUAGCUCUGACGACUUGUACAGCAGGGUGGUUAAAAAUCCGAUCAAACCUGCCCCCUCAGUUUACUACAACAUGUCUGACUACAUUAAAAAUAAGAAUCAGUCGAACUUCGUGUGA